AUGUCUUCACCCUUCAAUCUCAUCCUCACCUCCCAAACAACCACAAUGGAUUUCAUUCGCCUACUGAAACAGUGGGCUACCGGUCCUCCUCAGUCGCGCCAAGCCGAUCCCGACGUCGUUCACCCUACCAGGACGCGUAAACCAGGAACUCCUAUGAAAGUGUUGGACAUUGUCCUUCUUGAUGAAAUUCUUGAGUUCAAUCGCUUCAAGGGAAUCAUGUACAACCCCUACAACAUCAACCACCCGGAUCUUCUUUUCGCGGUUUCACUUCCAGAUGGCACCGAGGAAGUCAUUCGGUGCGGAGAAUGGGUCCACGGAAAUCCCGUCUGUGUGAACAGUCUCGUCAAGCUGAAGCUGAAAAUAUGCCAUGCUAAGGAGUUGGUUCCUUGGGAUUGGAUGUGGGAUACAAGGCAAAUCCAAAGCGAUCAGGUGCUACAGCUUCAAUGGCCCUCUGCUGCCAACUACCAUGAGUGA